GACAUCACGUGGGGGGGGGGCCGGGGGGUGCGACGCCUGCAAGGGGAGUGACGCGGGUUCGAAUCCAGCGCUUGGAAUAAAUAAAAUAAAACAUUUUUUUUACGAAUUCAAAGCACAAAUUCAUUAUUUGAUCCAUAACCACAACAGCGGAAAACGUACGGCAUUCGUCAACACCGCCGGCUAUUGCGACGUUCGCGUGAGGCGAGCGCUCGUCCGACCGCCAAGAAAUAAUUUUGCAUCGAACGAGGAUCCGUAUCUAAUAAAAAGUCCUUGCAGCUCAACGUUGGUUCAAACAAGCCGGACUGCUGGACUGAGACGCCACCAACCUGAGUUGAACUCUUGACCGGUGUCCCCAUCCACGUCGUCGCCCAUCCUCCGGCUGGCUGCCCCUGCUCGCCCAGAAACAGCCCGCCACUCCCUCCGGGCCCACCUGCCUGCCCUCGGGCUCGUCCCAGAAAUGGACCUGAGACAGGAGCUGCCCUGGCCGCUGGUGCUGCCCCUGCGCGCCUUGCUGUGGGCCGUGUCGGCCAUCUCGGCGCUGCCCCGGCUGCUCUUCCCGGACGAGGCCCGGCGGAAACGCCUCGAGGCCGUGGCACGCCUCAAAUCCACGAGCGGCGCCGGGAGAGGGGGGCCAUACCGCACCGUCAGCGACUCCAGCGGGCUGCAGAGCACGCUGGCGCCGGGCGUGGACACGUUGGACCGCGUGUUCGAGAUGGCCGUGGACCGAUUUGCCAGCCACGACUGCCUGGGCACCCGCGUGCUGCUGAGCGAGGAGGAGGAGAUGCAGCCCAACGGAAAGCUCUUCAAGAAGGCCAUCUUCGGCGACUACGAGUGGCUGUCAUUUGAGGGCGUGGACGAGCGGGCGAUGAAGCUGGGCAGUGGCCUCGCCGCCUUGGGACAGCAACCCCGCGCCAACAUCGCCAUCUUCUGCGAGACCCGCGCCGAGUGGGUGGUGAGCGCCAUCGCCUGCUUCAAGUACAACUUCCCCGUGGUGACGCUGUACGCAACGCUGGGCGAGGAUGCAAUUGCUUACGGCCUCAACGAGUCCGGGGUCACGCACGUCAUCACCAGCGCCGAUCUGCUCGAAAAGAAACUGCAGGCGAUCCUCAUGCAGGUGCCGCGCCUGCGCUACGUGGUGCUGGUGGACGGCACGGCGAGCGGGGUUGCUGGGGUCAAACUGCCCCGCGGCAUCGAGGUGAUGGGCAUGAGCGACGUGGAGGAGCUCGGCGAUAAACCCCAGCACCGGCAGCGCGCGCGCGAUCGUCCUGGCCCGCGCGACCUGGCCGUUGUGAUGUACACGAGCGGCUCCACCGGCAUCCCCAAGGGCGUGCGCAUUGCCCACUCCAACCUGGUGGCGGCCAUCACCGGCAUGUACCUACGCAUCAACGACAUCUGUGGAGAUGACACGUAUAUCGGGUACCUGCCCUUGGCGCAUGUUCUGGAGCUGGGCGCCGAGAUGGUCUGCCUCUCCCGGGGCUGUCGCAUCGGCUACUCGUCGGCGCAGACGCUCACAGACCAGUCGACUCGCAUCAAGAAGGGCAGCCAGGGGGACGUGACCAUUCUGAGGCCGACACUCAUGGCUGCCGUUCCCGAGAUCAUGGAGCGCAUCUACAAAGGCGUCAUGGGCAAGGUGCAGUGCAUGAGCCUCCUGCAGAGGAUCAUCUUCAAGCUGGCCUACAACUACAAGCUGGAGCAGCUGGAGCGAGGCUUCGACACGCCGCUCUGCAACCGUCUCGUGUUCAACAAGCUUUGUGCACUGCUGGGCGGCAACGUGAGACUGCUGUUGUCGGGCGCGGCGCCGCUGUCCCCGCGCACGCAGCGCUUCAUGAACGUGUGCUUCUGCUGCCCUGUGGGGCAGGGCUACGGACUCACGGAGACCUGCGCUGCCGGCACUAUCGCCGAGCUACAAGACUACAGCACGGGCCACGUUGGAGCUCCGCUAUCCUGCUGUGAGAUCCAGCUACGCAACUGGGAGGAGGGCGGCUACACAGUGAACGACUCCCCGAACCCGCGGGGGGAGGUUCUUAUCGGGGGUCCCAACGUGACGAUGGGUUACCUGAACAAUGAGGAGCUGACGCGCGAUAGCUUCUACACGGACGCGAGGGCACAGCGCUGGUUCUGCACGGGCGACAUCGGCGAGAUCCUGCCCAGCGGCUGCCUCCGACUCAUAGACCGUAAGAAGGACCUGGUGAAGCUGCAGGCCGGGGAGUACGUGUCUCUGGGCAAGGUGGAGUCCGCUCUUAAGAACUGCCCCAUCAUUGACAACAUCUGUGCCUAUGCCAGCAGCGAUCAGACCUACGUCAUCUGCUUCGUUGUUCCCAACUUGAAGAUGCUGACGGAGCUGGCCGGCCAGCUCGGCAUCACCGGCUCCUGGGAGGAGAUCUGCAACCACCCAGCCAUGGAGCAUGAAAUGCUCAAGGAGAUCAGCGCCGCUGCCACCAACGCCAAGCUGGAGCGGUUCGAGGUGCCGGUCAAGGUGCGCCUGAGCCCCAACGCGUGGACCCCCGAGACCGGCCUCGUCACCGAUGCGUUCAAGCUCAAGCGCAAGGAGAUCAAGCGCUUCUUUGAGAAGGACAUCGAGCGCAUGUACGGCGGGAAGUGACCUCGCCGCGUUGCCCCGCUCUCCCCCCCUCCACGUGCCCCAUUUCCCUUUCUCCCUCCUUUUGCUCUUCACUGCAAACGUGGACGGACUGUCUGUUGGUGAGCCAGAAUCAUUUUAUAAACCGUGCGAUGGUUGGGGGGCGGCUGGGGGG